AUGGUCCUCAAAAUUGCCUUCAUGCCCAUGACCUCUCCUCCCCCAAUCAUACGCUCAGGACAUGUAUCCUACCUUGCUGAUUUUCUCGCUAAAUGGAUAUCCAGAAACAUUGACAUAAUCCCUUCCAAUAACUUGCCACUAUUCUCGGUCUCAACGUUUUUGCGAGCAGUUAUAGAUAUCCUAGCUCUAUCCGACAUCUCUUUAUGGGCAAGCAAAGCUAUCUCUAGGUUCACUCACAGUGUCAAAGUGGCCGACAUUGACUCAUUUGUUACUUUCCAAGAUUCUUUGGCCGAAAUCAUACAUGAUUGUCACCUGGUGCGAUCUGGAAUGGGCAAGGGGAUGGAAACCCCAGGUAUUGUGGAUGUUCGUGACAGCUUGGGUGAUUGGAUGAACAAGCUCUUUGUAGUCACCACCAGUACCUCUCCAACCCUCGCAGAGGGAUCUCACCGUCCCAAUUUGGACUCCAUUAUAUUACUCAACCAAUGUCAAAACUAUGGAAUACAUACCCUGAAGCUGGGUGCUUCACUUCCCCCUCCUCAAGAUGAACUUCCUGAUGCAAUCGUGACACUCGCCACACACCUUCACAUUACGUAUCCACCUCAGGUUCCUUCUGUCUUCCUGUUUGCGGUCAAUACCUGUCUGGAUGCCAAAGAUCUCAAAGCACUCCGUGAUGAGCCUCAACUUGUCUUGCUCGAUAGUGUCUCUAUCAAACCUGACGUCAUCCUACUGCUUGACACUCUCUUCCACAUCCCCAUUUCCAUGGCAAAACCGUCACCCAAUGGAGGAAGGCAGGCCAUCAAGACCAGGAUGGAUAUGAGAACUUCAAUAGAGAUACUCAGGUCUGACCUGGAUUCUAUACUGUAG